AUGGUUAUUCUCGAGGAAAAGGCCGUGAAUUCUACGAAAUGGACGUUCUACUCGUCGCUGUACUUUGUUGGUUCAGUAAUUACCACUAUUGGUUAUGGCCAUCUGACACCUCGAACAGACGGCGGCCGUCUCUUCCUGCUGUUCUUUGCUGUGGUCGGGAUACCUUUGUGUGUCACGACUCUCAAAGUACUUGGCGAGCAAAUAAACGUGGGUGUCGCUUUCUGCAUCAAACACCUCGAGCGAAAACUCUUCCAUCGCGAGGCAAAAAACAUCAACAUCAAACAAAUGGUAGUGGCUGUGCUUCUCUUGUUCUCUCAACUUCUGAUUGGUGGGGUUAUGUACAACGUCACAGAGGACUGGAAUUACGUAUCAAGCGUUUAUUACUGCUUUAUCGUGUUUAGUACUAUCGGGUUUGGAGAUCUAGUACAGAAUCAAGGCCGGGAGCCAAGUAACCCCUUUGAUGUGUUUAUGAUGUUCAUGCGAUCGGUGGUUCUCAUUCUGGGCUUGUCCACGCUGUCUAAUCUUCUGAGUGCUAUCGUGAAUGCGAUGGAUGAGCUCGACAUGGUGGUUCCGUGUCGACGAAAGGAUAAGGUCUCACCAUUGAAUGAAAAAGUCGAGACCACGCCCAAGAAACACCCUCCUAGCAAUGACGUCACCCCGACACACACGCCUACACCAUUAGGAUCAACCGCUAGUGGUAACACCGACCAAGGCGUGUGGGUAAGCGAAUCCCUGUUCACACGACGUGUCUCCAAUCAAAUUGAAGUCCCCCCAAAAAACAGUGCUGCACGCGAUCAACACGCGGAAAACACAACAGAAGCACGUGAUCAGCAUUUAAACACCCCGUGGAACGGACGGGGUCGUCACCUGCUCUCGCCUGUUUCUAAGGCGUUGCUAAUGGCUGCGUUCCCUAUCGAUGAGCCCUCUUUGCUGCUGAAGGAUAAAAGCGUAGACACGUUGUACAUACGUAGAAAUUCGUUGGUGCGGUUGCCUCCUAUCCGUUGCGCUAAUGAACGCUCAGACGUGGAACAUUCUCAGUCACCUGCAAAGUGGCGGUGA